GAUUCUACUCGUGAGCUUGGGCGUAAUAAUCAAUUGUUGUGGUUGUGCAAAACAUGUCACGAGUUUCGCAUUGGCACAAAUUCACUUCUCACAAAUCGGCUAUCAAGAGCGAUUUGCUUCCUGAGAUCCUCGCUCUCGUUGAUAAGCGAGCGCUAACACCCAUAUUAGCUAAGCCGUCUGUUAGCAACGCAUCGCGAUCGCACACAUCCACUAAUGUAUCGUCGCUCAAUGCCACAAAUACAUCCAGAACGACUAAAACAGCUUCCGCUCGCCGUACAUUUACUAACUCAACGGAGCUCACUGAUGAUAUCCAAGCUGCGAACGAUACCAACACUGUGGAUGAUUCUGACAACUGUAACCACUACAAUCAUCGUACUAAGCCGACUAGUGAUGUUAGUGCUGGAAACUAUCGAACAAAUACACAAGCAUCUUCUGAUCCUGUUUUGAACCAAAACACCACCAACACGGGCAUAGCCGAGAAAGUAUGGUUAUACUUCACGAACAUCAAAUCGCAUGUCUCGGCUGAUGAUAUGCGUGUGUGGCUUAAAGCUGUGCUACCAACGGACGAUAUUAAUGUUUACCGUCUCACGAAAAAGGGUGUGAACCUGGACUCGAUGUCCUUCAUAUCGUUCAAAGUGAGUGUUCCUAAAUCUCUUAAGGAGCUUGCGCUGCACUCUACUAUUUGGCCAGUUUCACUUACUGUUCGGGAGUUUGUUGCUCGUGGCCUACCAAAGCAACGUGUACAUGAAAGGGCUCGAUUUGACCCUUCUGAGCUUAUUUCGCAUCGUACAAAUAGUUCAGCUGUGCCAAAAACUACCGCUCAUCCGGAUCAUUUUUUGGAACAUCGAUCGCCACCCCCACAGCGCGUGAUUCUAUCACCAUCCCAGAUGACCGAGAUCCUAGAGGCUAUUCAACUGGAGUUUCCUCCCACACCGCCUCAGUUAUCACCGGGGGUGGGGCUUCAAUCACAAUCGAAUCUCAGCAACACGAACCGCUUACCACAGAUCAGCCCGUUUGCCAAACGGAUAGCUCACAAGUAA